GGCAGCAGUCCGCCAUGGGACAUCCUAUAACUCUGCUCACUUUUACCAUGUUUUUGGGACAAGGCAUGGUGGCAGUUCUGGCUCAGUCAUCUUCUGUGUCACUGGUGUCUGUGAGGAAGAAGAGUGGCUGUAUUAAAGUAAGCCACUGUAAGUGCAUUCUGGGGGACGGCAGCGGACUUAUCGAUCUUGAGUCACUGGCAGAUGUGCAGGGCUUCCUGGUGCACUCCAAGCACGUCCCGUUUGAGGACACACCGCAGGACACCGAAGUGCUUCUCUCCUUCAGCCCAUGCCUUCCUUUCUCCCAGCCGGAGUUCACUGUCACAGACUGCACUGAUGUGGCUGCCUGCUUGAUUUUAAGGAAUAGAAGGUACACUGAUCGCUAUGUGAACUAUGGAAGACAUGAGGAUAAUAAAUUCCAUUACAAUGAAACAACAAAGACUCUCUCAGUCUCCUAUUCAGCGUCCUCUUACUCUGAGGCCCAGACUGUGGUGCACUAUCGCUGUAGCCCAAACCGGUCCAUCUCCUACAACUUGAGGCUCCGUCACAGUGAGGCACCCCUGCAGAUUUGGGUGGAAAGUCCCUGCGCUUGCCCCAAUGCCUGUGCUGUGGUGGACGUGGGGCCUGGCACCAUCUUCCUCAUCAUCCUCUGCCUCAGCAUCACAGCUUACUUCAUCUUAGGUUCUUGUGCAUUAAGGCCCUUCAGGAGCAGCAGCGGAGUCCAGAUUGCCCCAGAGGACAGCGUAUGGUGUAUGCUCUGCUACAAGUUCACUGACCAGCCCAGCAGCAAACGCAAGAGACACUGUUCACUGAGGGAGGACACGCUGUAAUCUGUCCCAGACCAGAUAUUAGACUGUGGCAUAGUGGAGGGUGAUGUUUUAGACACUUUUCCUAAGUAUCUCCUAUGUAGAUGAUCUGCUUUUAGUAUUUUUAGCUUGUUCUAUUAGACUUAAUAUCAGUAAUACAAUUUAUUUAUUACAAGUGUAGACUUAUUGUUGCUAAGCUAUACAAUCAAUUCACUAUAUACACAUGACAUACACAUGACAAUGACAUUUACAUUCAAUUUUGAUUUAUAUUAUUAUAAAUGGGCUUUUUUAAUUUUAAU